AUUUUUGUCCNAAUGUUGUCGGAGAGGCUCGUUUCCGGCGUCCGGCGACCGGCAGUCUCUUCCUCUCACUCUCUCCGUCCCGGCGGAGAUUCGUCGGAAGAAAGGAUUUUCGAGGAGUUGCCGACGGCGGCCGUCGUAUCCGUCUCUCGUCCCGAUGCGAGCGACAUCACGCCGUUGCUUUUGUCGUACACCAUCGAGCUCCAGUACAAACAGUUUAAAUGGCGAAUAUUGAAGAAGGCUUCUCAAGUUAUUUAUUUACACUUUGCACUGAAGAAACAUGCAAUAAUUGAAGAGUUCCAUGAGAAGCAAGAGCAGGUCUCUUUCCUCCCUUUCAUCCUCACAGCUGGUCAUGACACGUCCUUUUGCAUUUUUCAUGUUAAGGAAUGGCUGCAAAAUGUUGGAUUAGGAGACCACACAACAGUUGUGCAUGAUGUGGAUGAGCCUGAUGAUGGAGCUGUGCCUGUAUACAAUGAUGAUUACAAUAAAAACAGAUAUGUUCCGUCCAGCGCUGCAUUGUCAAUCAUUCGUCCGUCUAUUGGCAAGCAGCAGAAUGUUUCAGACAAAGCAAAAGCUGCCAUGCAAGGCUAUUUGAAUCAUUUUCUGGGAAACUUGGACAUCAUUAAUUCACGAGAGGUGAAAAGUGGAAACUAAGUUCAUUCCCGAUUAAUUAGUGUUUUUAAUUAGACAACUAUGAAGUCCUAGUUUAUUCCAUUGAAUCCUAGUUUCUCGCUCUUACGGUGGAGAAAGUCAUAGCAACAAGCUAGUUUUAAUCUAAUGCAUAAAAAAUUUAGUGUAAAAGGGAUAUUUUAUUGUUGCCAGUUA